AUGGGAGAUCAGAGAAAGUCGCAGACAGUGGAAACCCCGGCGCCGGCACCGCCAUCCCGCCUUAAAACUUACGAGCUGACGGCCUGCUCCAUCUCCUACACCAAGCCUACCGCCCUUGCCACUGCUCUGUUCAAACCAUUAUGCAGCUCGUCGGCGCCACCAGCAUACAUCCUGAGGGACGUGACGUUCACGGCACGCCCGUCGCAGCUCCUCGCCAUCGUCGGCCCGAGCGGCGCUGGCAAGUCUACACUUCUCGACAUCCUUGCUGCCCGCACGGCCCCCACAUACGGUUCCCUCCUACUCAACUCCGCUCCGCUGCACCCUUCCACCUUCCGCAAACUCUCAGCGUAUGUACCCCAGCAUGAUCUCUCCCUCCCUCUCCUCACUGUCGCGGAGACAUUUGCCUUUGCCGCGCGGCUUCUCCUUCCCAACCCUUCCCGGUCUCCCGCCGUCAUCGCUUCCCUCCUCACCGAGCUACAGCUUUCCCACCUGGCCCACACACGCCUCUCCGGUAACCUGUCCGGUGGGGAGCGCCGCCGAGUCUCCAUCGGCGUGAGCCUUCUUCAUGACCCGGCUGUCUUGCUGCUCGACGAGCCCACGUCGGGCCUUGACAGCUCGUCUGCCUACAACGUCAUGCUGAUCCUCCACAACAUCGCCGCGUCCCGGCGUCGCACUGUCGUCGUUUCCAUACACCAACCCAGCUUCAAGAUCCUCCGCACAAUCGACGCCAUCCUCCUCCUCUCGAAAGGGACUGUGAUUCACCAUGGUACUCUCUCUACCCUUGAGUCAUUCCUAGACUCCAGCGGCUUCACGGUUCCCCCGCAGCUAAAUGCAUUGGAGUAUACAAUGGAGAUCCUGAACCAGCUACACGAGAGCGGGCCUUCCACACCAGACUCACCACCUUCGGACUCGACUCCUGGCUCAUCUCCUUUUCCUACGAGAUCAUCCCCUCUCACUUUUGACGUUGUAAAGGAGAUCAGGUACACAAGCUCAAGAGCACGGGAGAUCGUCGCCCUCUCCUGUCGCCACUGGAAGAUCAUCUUCCGAACCAAACAGCUGCUGCUAACUAACACCUUGGAAGCACUGGCCGUAGGGCUAGUCCUAGGCACCAUCUACAUUCACCUGGGGUUCGACAAGGAGGGGAUGGAGAAGCGUCUGGGCCUCUUCGCCUUCACCCUCACCUUUCUCCUCUCCUCCACAACGGAGACCCUCCCCAUCUUCGUUAACGAGCGGCCCAUCCUCCUCCGGGAAACCUCCAGCGGCGUGUACAGGCUGUCCUCUCAUCUUAUUGCCAGCACCAUCGUCUUUCUGCCUUAUAUGUUGGUCGUGGCACUGGUCUACUCUGUCUCCGUCUACUUCCUCGUGGGCCUCUGCACGACAUUGCAGGCGUUUGGCUACUUCCUGCUUGUUAUAUGGGUGCUGGUGCUCAUGGCCAACUCCUUCGUCCUCUUCCUCAGCUCCCUCGCCCCCAACUACAUCGCUGGCACCUCCUUGAUGACGGUCUCGCUCGCGGGAUUCUUCCUCUUUUCCGGCUACUUCAUCUCCAAGGACAGCAUGCCGCGUUACUGGCUGUUCGCUCACUACCUAUCGCUGUACAAGUACGCGUUGGACGCCAUGCUGGUUAACGAGUACUCCUGCUCGGCGGCGCGGUGCUUCCAGUGGCUUGAAGAAGACCGAGCGUGCGCUGUGACGGGACGGGAUGUGCUGGAACAACGGGGUCUGCGCGCAGCUCAGAGAUGGACUAAUUUACAAGUCAUGGUGGGGUUCUUCCUUCUCUACAGGGUUCUCUAUUGGAUCGUUCUCUCCAGGAGGGUCUCCAUCUCGAAAAGAUGA